AACAAUAGUUAUAUGAAAGAAUCGGGUGUUCGUUAACUUCUUUUGAAUAGUAUGUAAUGUAAAUCUUGAAAUUAACGUCAGAGUUAAUUAUGAAUGCAAAAAAUGAGAGUGGACUUAAUUAAUUAAAUGUUAGUGUAGUGUUACCAUUGUUUCCAUUUUGAUGACAUCUACUCCGCAAACAGAAUAAAAAUUGAUAUUAUAUAUGACCUAAGUGUUGUUUUUAGGAAAACACUAUUGUUUUUUAGGAAGUACACUACUCAGCGCUAAUAAGCGGUGUUAUUUGCUGUUUGUUUUGAUAACAAGGCCUGGGGGCGGGGGAUCCAAUAAAACUCCAAAUUAGGGCCAUAAAUCAAUCAAAUACUUUUUUUACGCAGAAAUCCGUGGAUUGUUAUAAAACCACCUACGUCUGUACAGUUAGAUUAUGUAAAAGUAGCUAGUGAGAAAAUGUCAUAAUUCCCUCUAAAUGUAUAACCCCUCACGAUUUUGUGCCACGAGGUCAGCGGAGCUAACGUCCCUCAGUCCUCAUUUUACGCCAGCAUCACCCACCGUAUCUUGAUUCAGUCCCAAUCCCAUGAUGGGGAAGAGGGUGUGCGUAGUGGGCGCGGGCGUCAGCGGGUUGUCGUCUGCCGUGUGUGUCCAACGUCAAUGUCCUGAAGUGCACGUCACUCUCGUGGCAGACAAAUUCUCCCCCGACACAACAUCGGACGUCGCCGGUGGGAUUUGGGAGCCAUAUUGUCUGGGGGAUACCCCCGAAGACCUUAUCAAAGCAUGGAGUACUGUCACGUGGGAUUAUCUCCUCGGCAUAUACAACUCCCCGGUCGCCGGGAGAGUGGGGUGUCAGCUGAUGUCUGGGGUACCAUUGUCUGACGGAGACUCGCCCGACCCGAAUUACAAAGACCAAGUAUUUGGCUACCGACAGCUCACCGCUAAUGAGUUGGAGCAGUUUCCCCUCGCAAGAAGUGGCAGCUUCCAUACGGCCCUGCAGAUAGAUGUGGAGCUGUACCUGGCCUGGCUGCUGGCGAGGUUCAAGAGUCAAGGUGGCAGAGUUCAGCAGAGAAAGGUCCACUCGUUGGAGGAGAUGGCGGGUCAGUAUGACGUGGUGGUCAACUGCACUGGACUGGGCUCCUAUACUCUCGUGCAAGACACGGCUCUCAAGCCUGUCCGAGGACAAGUGCUGCGGAUGCACGCUCCGUGGGUGAAGCACUUCUACCUCUUCCUAUCCUCCAAGGCACUUCCAACGUACAUAUUUCCUGGCUCUCGCAGCCUUGUGGUAGGCGGGGUCGCACAAGAGGGGAACUGGAAUACAGGCGUAGAUGAGGCAGACCAUCGGGGCAUACUCCAGAGGGCGCUGUCAUUGCUGCCCAGUCUCAAGGGAGUGAAGAUAGAGUCUGACAAGGUAGGUCUGAGGCCCUCACGGACACAAGUGAGACUGGAGACACAACCUCUGAAGAUGAAGUCGGGGAUAACACUACCAGUUGUACACAACUACGGCCACGGUGGCGCUGGGAUCACACUACACUGGGGUUGUGCCCAACACACUGCUCGACUAGUCAAGGAAGCUCUGACCACAAGCAAACUAUAAACAUAUUCCAAUUCACAGGAUCAGAUUUCAAUAAUGAAUUAUUUUUUUUAUUUUACUGUUGAAUACCCAUCUCAAUAGAAAUUGGUGUCUUGAAAGAGGGUUUUGAUAGUACAAUAAAUAAUUCAUAAUUAAAAAAUUGGAUUCUUGUGUUCAUCUGGAAUGUGCUUUAAGUCACUUACUAGUAAGCCAUAGAUGUUGAGAAUGUACUCGGUCUCGGACAUCAUGGAUACAUAUCAGGAAGUUACUCUGUAACCCAUAGAAACACUAUGUAUUUCUACACACAUGGGUACGAGUUAAAACAAUAUUACAGGGCAGUAGUUCAGUCACAGUUCUACAAUCACGACUAGUCAUCAAUCAGUUCAUGAUUUCAUUGUCAAAAGCAAAAGAUUUGAGUAGCUUAGUUUUAUGCAUGUAGUAAUGGAAAACUGCAUGAUCUUAUUUCACAGCCACCACUUGCUUUAAUGUAUUGGCUUCAUGUAUUUCAUUUGUGUAUUUAGUAUGUUUAUGUGUAGCACUAUCUUAUAUACAACCAGCUAUUGUUAAGUUGUUACCUGGGGAGGUAUUUACAUAAGCAAGUUUGGCUUGUUUACCGAUCCAGAUUUCUUUUGAAAUAAAAAUAUGU